UCAGUGAGUAUAUAAGGAGCCCGCAAACUGUAGAACCUCAAUUUCUCAAAGAGAACAAACUCGACGAAGAUAGAGAACCGAAAAGAUUAAUAACAGCGAGUAUACAACUGUCAGACGAAAGCGCCUCAGGGAAACUUAUUAAAUUUACAGCGAAUAACAGCUUGUGCACUGGUUUUACAAGUGCAAGAACAUAGUUUCCAGAAGUAAUUUGGUCCCGCCACGGACCACAACACCCGUUCAUGAUGUUCGGCCCUACCUCUCCAAUGAACUCCCAGAGGUGCUGCAACGAAAGUUACAGAAGAGCUGAGAGAAAUGACAACAGCUUCAGACCUGAACUCUUCGAGUUUGAUUUUGCUCAGUCUCUGCUCACUCAAUUAUUCGGUGAAGGAGAGUGCUCACACGGACAAGGCGCUCAGCAACAGACACCCCCUGCGGCUGCGCCUAACAAUGGAAAUGUGAACUCAGCCCAUACAGAGCAUCCAAUGAUGACAAGCGGCAACCCCUUCAUGGACAUUUUGAGUGACAUCUUCAAGAAAUACGAUGAAGUUGACGCCUCAAAAAAUAAACCACAAAAAUGGCAGCAAAUGGUGGACUGCACUGGCUUCAAGUCUGACAACAUUCACGUGAAGAUCUUAAAUAGGAGUGUCAAUGUUAGAGCGGUUAAAGCGGAAGCGUCUUCCGACGGAAGCACUUGCAGCACAAGAAUGGAAAAAUGCAUAGAACUGCCACAGAACGUAAAUGUCAAAGGGGUCAGUUGCCGACUUCUACGUAAUUCGAAACUCCUAAUCGAAGCACCCAUCACCGCUCAACCACGAGAGAGGAUGCAGAGUACCCAAACUGAAAACCAUAGCAAUACACAAAGCAAUUCCAACCAGGAGGGAGAGCCUCAACUUGAGAUGAGAAUCCUUCCAAACGGUGCAAUGGUUUUGGGUGUUGUUCCUAGAACAACCAAGAGUUCGAACAAAGAUGAAAAAGCAGCGACAAGAACAGAAGAAAAGAAAACACGUGGAAACUGUGAAGACCAAGCGUGCGCCAUAAAGAAACAGAGUGGAGACAACAGCCCCAAACAAGAGGCACAAAAGACGAAAACAGAAAGCACAGGGGUGAAUGUUCCAGUGAAGAUGUCAUCCCUAAAUGCAGGUGACGCAGAUCAGGGCAAAACUGUUUCACUGGACGAGAAUAAAGACAUGCAAUUUUCAACCAGUUCUGUGAAUGAAGAGCUGCACCCCAAGAAAGUCGAGUCUAGUGAUCUAGAACGGGAGUUAGCCCACGCUCAAGAAGAGGCGACUGCGAGUGAAGAAACAAGUGUUUUGACUACAUUGUCGGCGGAGAAUGAUGAAGAAGCACCAGAGACUUCCCAAAACAAGGGACAAGAGGUGCCUUACACUGUUGAGAUGCCCACCGGUGAUGAUAAUGAGGACACCUUCUCGCAAACCUCUCACGACAGCGAGAAUUCUUUUGUCUUGUUAUCUGAUCCAGAAAAAGCAAACAAGAAAGUAGAAGUUUCUGAGAAUUCUCUGGACAACACAGCACAGGCCGAAAGUCAAGACUCGAGUGACAGGAAAGAUGUAGGCUCCAUAAUCCAAAGUGUCGUAGAGACUUUAGCACGUGGUUUGGAUGCUGACGAGAAGUCAAACCAGAAUGCCAAACCCCAUGAAGUCAUUGGUAACAUCAUGCAAUAUGUUGCCCAGAAAGCGCCGGAGGAUUUGAAAAAUCUCAUUGUCAACAACGAUGGAUCUUUUCCUCAGGACGUCAUGAAAUUUGUAGUCGACAGGGCAUCUGAGGAGACACCAGACAAGGCAACUCCAGACAACGACAAGACUGUAGAUCAAUCUCAAACAGCAAGUGGAAAGUAUGACAGUACUCUGUCCGACAGAGAGGAAAACUCCCUUGAAAAAGAAUUUCAGAUUCGGUUGGAGAUGCCUUGCUUCGGUCCUGAAUCAAUUAAAGUGACCAUGGAUGACACCCAACGUGUUCUGAACAUUCGAGCCAACAAAGAGGGCGACCAAUCACCAACGGAGUCUGUUCAUAAGACCAUCUCUGUGCCAGACACAGUUGACGUGCAACAACUUCAAUGUCAUUUCCAAGAUGGAAUGCUUACCAUCAACGCCCCAUUUACACAAGAAGACAAAGAAAAUACGAGGGAGAUUCCCAUAAACGCGUAAAAGCAAACUUUUUGACAUUUUUUAAAAAUUUCAACGUAGUUGUACUGAAACUGAAACGCCAUGGUUCCAGGCCACGAAUUAAAAAAAUGUUUCGUCAAAUAUUUCACAUCUGGAUCCCAUAGAGUACGAUCACAGAAAAUCUAGUCUAAAAUAUGUACAUGUACUUGCAUUACCGGGUACUUAUGCCUAUUUACAUUUUUCACUACAUGCUUGUACCAACGUAACAGUGUUGUCCAUUGAAACCUACGGAACCUGAUUGACCAUUUUGUGUUUAGAGAUUCUGCAUGAAGAUCUAUGUAAUAAAUAAUAAAUAGAUCUAUAUAAUUGCAAUACAAAAAUGUAUGAUGAAAUAAGAGUCACACUCACAUCUUACGUGGUACAUGUAUUCCAUGCAUUGAUGCACAAUCUCUUGCAGACCCUAUUGCACUAGGUCUUGAUGAAGAGUGCCGUUUUCUUUUUUUUCAGUACAAUAAUAUGGUUCAUGUUACACGGUCGCUUACUUGAGUUAUACAUUACUAUCAUGUACUAUUUCUUAAUCAAUUCUGGCUGUUUGCCUUGGAGAACGUCCUUAUGGCUAGUGUAGGUCUAUGUCUUUGCAGGUGCUCAAAGCACGGUCUAGUGUUCACGUGUUGUGUGACGACCAUAUAAUUUCGUACCAACAGAAAAUAUCGUAUAAAAUUAAUUAAAUAUUAUGUCAUGAAGAAGUAUGCGUGUAUAGGCUUUUUGUGAUGAAUGUGCGUCUGAAAGACUUUGUUUGCAAAUGUAUCCUAUCGGAUCAAUUCCAUUAGAUCUACAUGUGAGUACGACAUGUAGCUUUAGAUCUAAUUAAAGUAGAUCUGGAAUGGAUUCUUACUGACUGAUAUUAGAUAUAUUAUGAUCUAUUUUAAUUCUACUGUGAUGCCAAGCAGUGGAUUCUUAUAUAAUGCAUGUCUUUUUGUUAAAUUGCACCUUGUAAUUACUUAUUGCUUCAGUUUGUUUUGUUUUUGUUUUAUUUUGUUUUUGUUUGUUUUUUUGGUCAAUAAAAUACCCACAUUCAAAGAA